GCACAAUGUCAAAUGAAAAAUGACGUCACAGGUGAGUUUAACCCCUUCUUCACGGAGCUAGCUUGCAUCAAUCAAAUCUCAAGGUCUGCAUGCAUCUCAGUUUCCCAUGGCUGAAGACAGAGAAAGAUGUUUGGAGAUUGUUCCAUUAGAUGACCCAGAUGACACCACAUGUAUGACCUUUGUACUCAAGCAAGAAGACCACACCCUUGGGAAUGCCCUCAGAUACAUGAUUAUGAAGAACCCAGACGUGACAUUCUGUGGAUACAGUGUACCUCAUCCUUCGGAACCCAAAAUAAACUUGAGAGUGCAAACAAACGGUGUAGCAGCCACAGACGCAUUGAGAAAAGGUCUGGAAGAUCUUCAGGAAUUGUGUGCCCAUGUCCAGCAUAAUUUUGAGCAAAAAGUGGCAAGUUUCUCAGAGCAAGACAAUUCUAUGUCCUCACAAACUGAACCAUGAUUACACUGUCUCAAUAGUUGAAUAAAUUAUGUGUGUGCGGUAUUAUUUUAUACAAAAAGCAACAAAAUAAUUAUUAAUGAUUAAAAAGACACAAA